AGUUUUUCUUCGACUGUUGUGCCAACCGGACGCACUUUGGCUGGCAAUCCGAUAUCACAUUUCGCGAUUUUUCUACAAUGACUGUAUAAAAAAAAAAGUUUUUUUUUAAUCUUUUGAUCCAGUGAAUCGACUUUGAUCUCAAUUUGACAACAAACAAAGACGGAAUCCAAAUUGUUUGUACCAACAGUUCUUGGGAAUCACAAACGAUUUAGAAAAAAAAAAUUAUUUGUGAAACGACAAAAAAUGAAUUUAAAUUGAAGCACAGGGAAAAGACCCGAAUGAAAACGACUUUGAUCAGUGAAAAGAGCGACCGAGAAAAGGGAAAUUGGGUAAACUGUUCAAGUGCCUGAAUUCAUUCAAGUGAUUCAGUGUCAAAUGCAAGAACAAGCGAAUAAUGCAAAUGGCCAAAUGCGUGCAAAUAUUAUUUUUGGCAUUUACAAUUUUAAUAUUGCCGUGCUUAAGUUCAAACACAAACACAAUCAAUAUUCAUUCAGAAAGAUAAUGAAAUAAUUGUAUUUGGCUUCGAAAACUGAUAUGAAGCAAGUGAGUGUAUUGUGCUAGCCAGGGCAAGCAACAAACAAACAAACACACAACAUCGAAUCGAAUUAAUAGUAAAAUAGCAUCAGAAGCCGUAGCAGUGUGCUUGCAUCCAAAUGGAAUAAAGUGUUGCUCGUCGGCCAAACGAAACUGGAUUAGGUGAACUAAAUACCGUUAUUUUGCGGGAAUAGAAAAUGCCAUAAACAACAAACUACGACAACAGAACCGGAACAAAACUUUUUGAUAUAACGUGGCCAAAACAGUACACCCAAAAGGAUUAUUACCGUCAUUAAUAAUAAUAAUAGCACAAACGUAAAAUACGAACGAGAACGAGUGAACGCGCGAGCAAAGGACAAAGUGAGAGCGAGAUAGAGAGGAAAGAAAGAAAGCAACAAAAAAUCCGAGUGGCGAGUCGAGCACAAGUCGAAUUGGUUAUGAAGAUAUGAGAAGCGCUGACAUCACAUCGUUAUGGCGACGAUGCAGCCGACAUUCAUUCGAUGCAGAAGAGCACAUGAAACCGCACCAGAGCACGUGAUAGGCCAUGGAAGAAACGAUCAAUCGUCGUUCGCAAGCCGCUCAAUUGCCAAGCAUAUGGACCAUUGGAUGUACAUUUAUAGUUGUAGUGCUUCUGUUCGGCAGCAUCGAAACAAUGGCGGCGUGUCCGCAUUUAUGUGAAUGCAAAUGGAAAAGUGGUAAAGAAUCGGUACUGUGCCUUAAUGCCAAUUUAAGUGCAAUACCAACGAAAUUAGAUGCCGGCACCCAGAUUCUCGAUUUAUCGCGCAACGAUAUACAAGCGAUAUCGAAUGAUGUAUUCAGUCGAGCGAAUUUGUUAAAUUUGCAAAAGCUCUUCUUAACGAAAUGCCAUCUUAAAACGAUCGAACGGUUUGCGUUUAGGAAACUCAACAAUUUAGUUGAAUUAGAUUUAAGCGAUAAUCUAUUGGGUAUGAUACCGUCGCAUGCAUUUGAAUCGGUGAGCGAACUGCGUGAAUUGAAAUUGAUUGGCAAUCCCAUUCAGCGCAUUCACAACGAUGCAUUCGUUAAGGUGGCACAACUCGUACGAUUGGAACUGUCAAAUUGUCUGCUCACCACAAUCGAUGUGCGCGCAUUCACUGGCUUAGAAACAUCGUUGGAGUGGCUCAAGUUAGACAGUAACAAAUUAACUGAAAUCCGUGUGGCUGCUGUGAUAUCGCUACAGAAUUUGCACGGUCUUGAAUUGGCUGGCAAUCCAUGGAAUUGUUCGUGUACUUUACGACCGCUACGCGAAUGGAUGCUACGUGAAAAUAUCCCGUACAAUAUACCACCGAUGUGUCAAUAUCCCGAACGAUUACAUUCAAAGACAUGGGAUAAAAUCGAUUUGGACGAAUACGCGUGUAAGCCGAGCAUUUUUUCGGCGAUUGACCGUUUUCACGCGGUCGAAGGCCGAAAUGUGACGUUGAGCUGUGCGGUCGGUGGCAUACCCGAACCGCAUGUACGAUGGAUGAUACGCAAUCGGGUGAUUGCAAAUCUCACGGGAAAUACAAACUUGGCAAGCACAUCCACCACCACCACGACCAGCGCACAAGGACGAAAAUUGUAUAAAUACCAGCAAAAUGCAAGCAAUCUCACAAUAUUAACAGCUGACAUCCAAGAUCAAGGCACGUACGUUUGUAUCGGUGAAAAUAAGGCUGGCAAAGUGGAAGUGAGUCUUACAUUGGCCGUAUCAAAAAAGCCAUCCGAAACAAUUCUCAGCACAAAGGUAAUUUUGGCGAGUGUAAUCGCUUUUGUUUUCUUUGUAAUUGCCACUGUGCUGCUGGUGAUUGGGGUGUGCACGUUGAAACGGAGAAAAAAGCUGGGCCGAUGGAAUACACAAGGUCGCACCGAUAGUUAUGAGAAAAUUGAGUUGAGUAAUAAGCCUAAUUAUAAUGUUAGUAAAAGUCCCCGCGGUGAUCGAACUGCAUUUAUGAAGAUGUACGCGGAGAAUGGUAUCGCUGUGGUUGGCGGACAUGUGCGCCGAAACGGUGAUUAUCGUAAUGUACCAAGCGAAGAUGAUGGAACUGACGGUUUGGAAGAUAAUACCGCGGAAAGUAACAACGCAACGAUAAGCAAUAUUAAAAUAGAUGAUGUUCGGAACUGGAACCCAACCACCGUUGCAACAUCGGUUAGCAGAAGUGCCAAAAAUGAUAUCAUAUCGAAUCAAACCGAUGGCGUCAACAUGAAACCGCUUCAACUCACCGAUAGCGAUCUGCAUAUACCGCGGCUUAUUGAAUUAAGUGAUUCGGCAACGGAUUCAUCAAUCGAUUUGUAUGAUGGUAAAGUAUCGAAGCGUGGCAAAGCGAAUGCAGCCUGGUCGCAUCACAUUGCGAAACGUGAGAGAAUCUCGACGAUGGCGAGUGCCGGUUACGAGAAGAAUUACGGGCGGGAAAAAGUGUAUCAGAGUGGCAGUGAGGGACGGGUAUGUGAAAGUGAUUGUGAUAUUGAUAAAAAGUAUCCAGACCUAUUAGACAUAAGCCGAAUGUCGAUGCAAACAAGCGUAGCAACAUCAUCGAGAGCUCAAUUGUACACGCAAACCAGCAUCGGCAGCAGCAGCAACACGACUAGCAAUAACAAUAAAUCAGCGCCAAGUAAUCCAUUUUGCACUUUUCCGCGGAAAAAGCAUAUAUCGAGCCGAAAACCGACACCAUCCGAAAGCCAAUCGCCACUGCUUACCGAUUCAUCCAGCCAGUACGGAAGCAGUACAUUUGCUGAUAGUGAUUUAUUUGGUCGACGUCUAUCAAGCGAAUCGUUCGGCAAUUAUCCACUUUCAAUUUGCACAAGAAAUAAUCAAUCAAGCAACAACGGGCGUUCGAAUAGCUUCCUCAAUUUGACUACUCAAUCGAAUAGUGGAAAGCCACAGACGGCUAACUACAUGAGUCACAAGCGAAAUCCAUCGUUGCCAUCAUCGCCAUGCAAGGAGCCAUCGUUGAAAUUGGUUGUUGGCGGUGAUGAAACACCCCUUCUCGAUUUCUCAUCGUUUGCAAUGCACAAACAGCAAAUGAUUAUUACUCCUAGCUCAUCAACGUCAAACACAACGGCACCCGCUACCAAUGCAUACGACUAUCAUGCAGCGCAAUUGGAACGUUUCCUCGAAGAAUAUCGCAAUCUGCAGGAGCAAUUGUGUAAAAUGAAAGAAACAUGCGAAUCGAUACGGAAGAAAGAGGCACCGUUGCGUGCAACGGCUGGCAAUUCGGUAAAAGUCGCUGACCCAGUUAUGUUUGAGUACAGUAACAAUCCGAGUGUGAGUGGUGCGUUGUCAUUCGAUGGCGGAGGCGGCGGUGGUGGUGGUGGUGUUGGCGUCGGCGGACCACCCAAUCCAAAAGGAAUAUUGAAAAAUAAAAUGUUAUUAAAAGGGCCAAAUCAACCGCCUGAUCCACCACCGUAUUGGUUACAUCGAAAUGCAAUGCUCAAGAGACUGCAAGAUCCAAGUUCCGAUUUCUUCCCCAGCUGAAAACCAUCUCAAUAGACACACAUCCACCAUGCGAUAUAUUCAUUGCAUUUUAGAAAUUACAUUUUAGGAUUUUAUUCAAACAAUUUAUACGUAAUUGUAGAGAACUUGGAGAAACUAUCGCGGCUAAACCACUUUUUAGAUGGAUCUGUCUUUAUGUAUAUUUGAACAAUUUCGAUUCACACAAACCAAAACACACACUCACUCAACAAACAAUGUAUUUUCCAGUUUAUACAACCUUUGACAAGUCAAACAAGUGGCGAACAAGAAGAAGAAUGUCGCGGUGACAUAUCGAAUUGAUAGCCGAUGUCAUUCGGUGGUGGUGCAAAUAUUUAACGAACACACAUACAUCUUUUAUCCCUCCUCCCAACCUCCCCGCAAAACAGUUUUCUGUGUCAUAAACAUUUUUAUCGAUCGUGUAAAUAAGUUCAUCUAUUAUGCAAUCACACACACAUACACACACUCAUUUGCAAUGGAUUGGAUUGCAUUUUAACAUUAAUUAAACAAUAUAUUUCCACUAUCGAAUGGAAUAUAUACAUACGUUACGUAUUUGUGUACAUUUACAUGGAAUUUAAGUUAAAUUUCACACAUUUUCGAACUCUAGUGAAACAGAAUAAUAUAUUAAUGCGAAAUUCGAUUAAGUUAUACUCUAGAUUUAAUUUCAACGGAUCAGUUUAUGUUGUUUAGUUCAAUACAUUUAAUGAUUGCACUAACUUUUCGAAUGAUAGCUUGUUUUCAAAGAUGCAACUACUUUGAUGUGAUGCCAAAUAACGGAUUUGAAUCUGAGCUUCAUAUCACAUGCUUCACAUUGAACAAGAAAUUUGAAAGAAUAUAAUUCAGAAAAUAUUCAAUGUUCAAAGUAGUACAGCAACACAGUUCAAAUUGGCUGCGUCACGUUUUUUUUUCGUUCCCAAAACUCAUCGAUAAAACCGACUGUUUAAUAGAUCAAAUAUUUAAAAACAACCAAAAAAAAUGGUAUUUCAAUCUAAAUUAGACUACUAUCGUUGAAUCACUAAUCAAUAGAAAGGGAAAUGGUAUCAAUUGAGUAAAACAAAUGGAAAUCAGAAGAAAUAAAGUUAUAAAUUACAUUUGAA